UGGUCUAACGUCAGUAACAUCUGAUUUGACAUUCCCGAUGUUUUAAUAACAUUUGCGAUCUGAUAAUUACAAAUUCAAAUAUUGUUAUGCUCGUCAGCCGUCAUUCUAAGACAUAUAUAGGUACUUACUAAAUUAAACAGUGAGUUAAAAGUUUGAUGAAAUUUAAAUUAUUUUAACCAAAUUAUCCAAAGGAAACAAACAACAAAACCAUCUGCCAUCCUGGCUACUAAAUUAUUGAUUUCAGUUCAUGGAAUAUUCACCAUCGCACAAGAAUUGGCAUGAUGAGGAAAGAUAUCACGUGCACAGCGAUGAGAGUCCUGUAUUGUCUUACAGACAUGAAAAAUACAAAAACUACACGCAGUACUCGAAUGUCAAGAGCGUCAAGGAAGAAGUCAAAAAGAGGUCCACCUUCAGCAUCCUGGCCAAAUUUUUCCUGUUUAGUUCAGCGGUGAUAUUGUUCUGUGUGCUUAUGUACAUACCGGUUUAUAACAAAGCGAAUAAUCAAAUAUCUAAAGCUAUCGUGUCCGGUUGGUCGGUUCACUCGAACCGAGACACAAAACUGUACGUCAGGCCACAGAACGUGACCGUGGUGCACGAGCCGACCGCCCUGUGCACCGGCGCCGGGCUGUUCCUGCUCAUCGUCGUGUGCUCCGCCACCGGCAACUUCGAGCAGCGCCAGGCCAUCAGGGACACCUGGGGCAGCCAGGCCAGAUACACAGAAAUAAGAAAAGUCUCCGUCAAAAUACGCGAAAAGUACAAAAACUACAACUACUCGUACGAUUUGAUCGGUAAAAGCAAAAGAAUGAAACGCGAGAUCGCAGAUUUGAGUAACUUACUUCCUCACUUAGCGGCCGCGCUCAGGGACAACGUUGAUAAUCUGGAAUCAGAAGCACCCGAAAAGCGUUUUGAUGACGAAAUGUUACCAGAAUUCGACAUGAACAGAGAAAUAGGGGAGCAGACCGAAAACUAUGACUAUAACUUCGAAUCCAACGUGAUGAGGAUACCGCCGCGGGGCUUCGAAGACAAUCCGGACUUGGAUAAAGUUCUGUCUAUACUCAAACUGGACAAACGCUUCCUCAAGGUGGAGGAGAAGUUGCGGAAUACCAAAGUCGAACCAGACUUCAAGCUGGCGUUCAUAUUGGGGCUGCCAGUCAACGACUCCAACUCGGCGGUUCAGAGGAAGAUCGAUGAGGAAAUUGACAAGUACGGGGAUAUCAUACAAGAAGAUUUUAUUGACUCGUACAACAACUUGACACUGAAAUCUAUUAUGAUGCUGAAGUGGAUCAAUAAUAAGUGUAAAGACAAGGUUCGCUAUAUCCUCAAAACGGACGACGACAUGUACAUCAACGUGGUGAACUUAGUGAAUAAUUUACGUAAUAAAUCAAAAGAAUUCGACGAGAGACCGUCGAAGGGUCCGGGCGAGAGGGAGUACUUGCUGCUGGGCGACCUCAUAUGCGGCGCCAGACCCGUGCAGGACGCCAACAAUAAGUGGUACAGUCCCCGGUACAUGUACAACGCGCGGGUGUACCCCAAGUACUUGUCCGGGACGGGGUACGUGAUGUCCGUGGACGCCGCCGCGGCUCUGUACCGGGCCGCGCUCAACACCAACUACUUCCACCUUGAAGAUAUUUACAUAACCGGUAUGUGCGCCAUGGGAGCCCGGCCGCUGCUGGUGGCCCGCGACGACCCGCUGUUCUCGUACAGCCGGCUGCGGGGCGGUGCCGCCUGCUCCGCGCACGCCAGGGUCACCGCGCACCGGGUGGGACCCCCGCACAUGCGCAGCCUGGACCGCAUGCUCACCGACCAACGAACUGUUGACAAAUGUGAACGUGUGCGGCUCACUGAGGUAAAACCGCAAAAUCGCAGCAUGUACGUAGCUUACAGAUAUACGAAGUUACACAGACUAUAUAAUUGUGAUUAAAUAAUUGCUAGAAACUAGUAAAAGAAAUCUAGUUAUUGGAGGUAUUUCGUUGAGGACUUGUAAAGUUACAUAUUUCACUAGCAUAUGACGUGGAAGGAACCGCUUCAAUCAAAUCGUUGGCUGGCUGGCUCUUAAGGAGAACGAUACUGUAUCUGUCAAAAUUAGGCCAUCUCCAUCUCCAUCUCCACCUCAAAGUUCAUCUAGCUGGGGCAUGCGUAGUUACGGAUUAAAACAACUCAGCCUUUCUUAACAAUAUAAGAACUGUACUGCUAUCGUGGUCUAAUUGGUCCAACGACCGGUCAUGUGCCGUGCAUCCUCAAAUUGUUAGCCCUUGCGCAUGCCCGCAGGUCAUCCGCACCCUCGUCUUCCAAUCAUCAUUCUCCUGUCCUCCCAGUCAACUGGGAUCGGUGUAACAUAUUUUCUUCUUCCAUACUCCUCUAUCGUAUUUUAUAUCAUAUCCAUUACCUCUUCCUCCACCCUCGUUUUCCAAUCUCUACGCGUAAAUACAGGUCGAUAUAACUCCCAGCCCACAACCCUACUGACGACCUGAACCCAUCCAGCAUAGGGCCAGAAAGUGCCGUGGAAUUUCGUGUUUCUGCGGCUUAAAAAAAUAAUACGAUAAAACUCAAUGUGUCAUACAAGCAAUCGUUAUUCUCACGCCAAUCUGUCCCCACAUCCCAAGACUCAGCUCAAAACACAAGUGUCACCCCUACUCAUCCUUCAAGAGACGGCUCCAUUGAAUAGUGGAAUAGUUCACUGGUGGUAGGACCUCUUGGGAGUCCGCACGGGUGGGUACCACCAUCCCGCCUAUUUCCGCCGUGAAGCAGUAAUGCGUUUCGGUUCGAAGGGUGGGGUAGCCGUUGUAACUAUACUGAGACAUUAGAACUUAUAUCUCAAAUUGGGUGGCGCAUUUACGACGUAGAUGUCUAUGGGCUCCAGUCACCACUUAACACCAGGUGGGCAGUGAGCUCGUCCACCCAUCUAAGCAAUAAAAAAAAGGUAUACUUUAUUUAUCUAUCUGUUAACAUAUAUAUGCUAUAACAUUCCGCAUAGUCUAUCCCUGAUGAUCUGAUAGCAAAAAAAAGCUUUAAUUUUGAUCUUAAAUUUCGCCAUGAAGUGUAUUAUUGUUUAGAAUAUAGUUAAAAACUCUCGAAUAGACGCGUCUUCACAUUGUCCGUGUGGUCAGCUCGACUUAAGCCUUCGUCAAACAGAACGCGUACUUAACGUCGCGCUCUUUUCAUGUCACACCAAUUGACUAGAUGAGUCCAACGCUCCUUGACGCAACGCAUUCGCCAAAUCACAGUGCCUUUCGAUAGCAGUGUGAAAAUUUAAAAGUAUUAAGAAAUCGAGUGAUUCAGAUGUGGCGUUGUAUAAGCAUGGGUAUUUUCUAACUAUUUAUAUCAUUUUUUCGGGCAUUAUCUAGUAUUUUAAAACACAUUCACUCGGACGCUAAAAUAAAAUUACAACCCCUGACGUCAAAGCGUCCUAACGCCGCGACAGAGCGCUGCGUACUUAUAGCGCUGGGACUCUGUUUGACGGUAUGUUACCAUAGUAGUACAACACAUCUCGGUGUCAUAGCGCGGCGUCAGUUUAGCGCUCUGGCGCGCGCUAAUUACGCGUUCUGUUUGACGAAGCCUUUAAGAUUAUUAACGCUUUAGCUCGUCAGUCAGCUAAAGAUAUUAGAAGUAUUUUAAUUAUCCACCAAGUUCUAAUAGCCAUAGUGUAACAUUACGUAUUAGACGUCCGUCCAUUAAAUGUGUUAAUUUUUGUAUACAUCUGUGAUGUUAUUAAUGAACUAGCUGUACCCGUCCGCUUCGCCGGGCAUUUAAACUUAAGAUUAUUAUUUCUCACCCCCACAAAGAUUCUCAUUUUCUCAUCAUUAACGCCCCCGCAACGGGUUUAGGGAGUCCAACACUUAUAUAAAUAUUAGCCUAUCCAUUAAGUACAUGUAUUCUCUACAUGGAUACCAAGUUUCAAGUCAAUCGGAUGCAUGGUUCAGUAGUUAUAACGGAAGAUCCGUAAAAACCACUGUAGAUUUAUAUAUUAGUAUAGAUGUAAUGUAACAUUUUUCAUUGACGCUCAGCCCCACAAGCGAGCGAGGGAAAAACGAUGUGAGCCAGAAACUAUUUCAUUACUUUUAUUAAUAAGGCAAUACUUAAUAACGGAAAGGUACCUCUGUAAAAAAUUGUAGAUAUGUCGAGGGGGAAAGUUUAUCAGAUUUAAGCGACAUUUCGCUUAACAAGCGACAUUUAUCUUUGUAAUUAAAGUUCCGUUUUAUUUGGUAUUAGCAUCAACAGUUCGAUGUUUUUAAUCGAACUUUCAAUUUUAAGCUUACUCCGUUUAAAUAGCUGAAGAAGUUUUUAAGCUAUUGCAUAGAUUUUAUCGCGGGCUUUGAGCGCGGCGACUGAAUCAAGAAAUUCCGUAACGAAAAUAACCUGACACCCCCACUACGCCUACUAUGUAGCUCGCGUUCAACACAUUCACACGUUGCUCUUGUGUAGUGUUUGUGAAUAAGCGCGUGGCGUGACGUCACACUGCAUGCGCAUCAUGAAAAGUCUGCCCAUCUCUCUCUCGCGCGGUCUAGCUUAUGAGUGUGAAGGGGACAGUUAAGGUUUUGCUUUUAUUAAUGUUUAAUAUAGCGUGGUCUUGUUUUAUUAUUGUUUUAAUAUUAAAUUAUCAUUGUCUAAUUAUAAUUGCACAAGUUGAUAAAAAAUGCUAUGUAAUAGCUUUACCGCGGCAGUUCCCGAGUGCUACACGUUUGUUUGUUGAAGAAUUUUAAACUACUAGUGGUCCCGCAGUAGUCGAAAUUCGACUAUAAUCAGUUGAAAUUAUAAUUUUGAUCAUUAUUAUGGUUGGUUCCAUUGUCAAAGACUUUACUUCUAUAAUCCCAGAUUUCCUCAAGACUACACUGUAGACAGAUAAUAUUAAAGAUAAACAAUAUUAAUCUAUUCUCGGUUUGACACACAGACUUUAAGCAUUAACAAAAGUUUCACAAUUGACAAUACACAAAGAGUAUAUUUAUACGUAUGUGUUGUGUCAAAUACAUGGUAGUGUGUGUAAUGUUUUCUUUAUUGAUUUAAUGUAUUUGUUAUGCAUAAUUUUUAAAAAAUAUUAGCAUUCUGCACUCCUUCUCUAUAUUCUCUAUAAGUGUGGGAAAUUUCAUACUCCUCCGUCCGCGCAAUUUACGUAAAAAGGGAUACCUAUAAAGUUUUUGCUUCACGUAUUAAUAUAUAGAUAAAUGGCUCUCCUAUAAUGUUGCAAAAAUGCCGCUUAAACCAAAUAGGAUUUCAACCCUAAAUAUGUAUAUUAGGUAUAGAUAACAGUACGACUGUAUCUAUGUAUGUUUCUGUCUGUGUGUUGUCGCCUGAGCUGAGUCAACACUUUUUUGUAGGUUUUUUUUAGUUUUCCAUAAAAUAUAAAUUAUUAUUAAUAAGAUUGUAUGUGCCAUUUGGUGUCAUAAUAUGUAUUAAGUAUUCUUAGAAUAAGGACUCAUAAACUCUGAUAUAUCUAACGAUUUCUUGAUUAAAAUGGACUUUUGGAGCGCACAUUGUCCGAUCUGGACAUGCACAUGUGCGCGCAUUUGUACUGUCUAUUCAUCAGUCAUUCAACACUUUACCAGUUCUUGUAAUACGAUUACGAGUACUCAAUUUAUUUGAUAACUAAUGUUUUCUUGCAAUGUUCAGUGUGCUUAGUGCGAGUUUUUUACGUUCUCGACAGCGUAAAAGUUAACUCAAAUUUGUAUGCAGUUAUAACAGCGACCCUAGCGGCAAACGUGCCAAACGUUCCAUACAAGUUUGAGUUAACUUUUACGCUAUCGAGAACGUUAAAAAACUCUCACUAAGCACACUGAGUCCGCGUCGUGAUGGGCACCGCGUCCGGCCCGGGUGCGUUGUGGCUUCAGUGCUUGCAUUGAAUCUCAAAACUGUAAUCUCAUAGUUUUAAAUUAGCUAUCAAUGUGUAUAUAAUAUAGUUUGUGUAUGUAAUUUAAACUUUAGUAACCGUUGGAGUUAAAGUUAUGUAAAGCCUAAGUUACUGUGUCACGGGUGCGCAAGUAACGUCUCACGACUUCGGAAUAAUGCACCCUUGUAGGCAUAAAGAUCGCUACAAGCCUUUUUUAGUUUGUCACAUAAAACAGCAUUAAAAAAAAUAUUCAAGAAAACAUUAAAAUCCUUUCAAUAAUUAUAUUAGUUUUAAUUCAAGACCCCACCUGCAAUUUCUACUGUUUCUAGAAUGUUCUAGAGAACAGACGCGAAAUCGUGUCGGUAACUUACCAGAUUAAGCUGGGGCCGUGGUCAGCAACUUUGUCAUCCAUAAGAGCCAAAUAUACACCGUAAAAAUUGAUUCAAAGGGCCAUUUUUUACACAUAUAUAUUUAUAACAGUGGGGUUUAAUGUUUGCUUGUCUCUUAAAAGGCAAGACAAUAAGUAAUAUUCGUAAAGUCCUAUCGGAGGAGUCAAACCGCCACAUGUGGCUCGCGAGCCGCGCGUUGCUGACCACUGCGCUAGGGGGUUGACGGGUCAACGUUCUUACAUUCGUCACAAAAAAAGUCCAAAACCGAUCCUACUGACCGCAGCACGUUUGUCUUCUAGACUCUAGAUGAGUCUAGACCAUCAAUAGACAAGUUGUUUGAAAGAAAAACUAUGAUCAUUUUUGUCAAAAAAAAAAAAAAAAACUAUACAAAUAAAUAAAAUUGGUGUUUCUGUUUGUAAUAUUGUGAUAGCCGCUUUUUACUACAUGCAUAUGAAUAUAUAUAUACGGUACAUACACCAAAAUAUCAUUUUUUACAAUUUUUGUCUGUCUGUCUGUUUGUUCCGGCUAAUCUCUGGAACGGCACGACCGAUUUUGACGGGACUUUCACUGAUAGGUAGCUGAUGAUAUAAGGAGUAACUUAGGCUACUUUUUUUUAAACUAGCUUCGCCUCGCGGCGUCACCCGCGAUACGACAAUAACCGCGGGUAACAUCGCGGGACUCAGCUAUCAAUAAUAAAAUUUAAUGUUUCCGAAGCGAAGCGACGGCGGGUCGCUAGUAUUAAAUAUUAUUCGUAAAAAGUUUAUAGUUCAUUUGUUUAUUUAAUAUAUAGCGUGCAGUUGUAUUCUUUUAUUAUGUUAUGUUUAACAAAACCUACGUUGGUAUAGACUUAAAUAUAGUGCUUAGAUGAAAACUGUAAAAUCGACAUAUGAUUACGAUUCUACAGUCACGGCUGUUGAAAAUUAAAAAAAAAGACAAUAAAUUUGGAUCAAUUC